UCAGAAUCUUAGAUGUGGUAGGUUUUCCCGUUUGUUUCUUGAUUCUCUGAAGUCCUAGUGCGUGAUUCUGAUUCAGCUUUCUUCUCCUUGCGGGGAUUCUGAUCCAGGUUUCACUUGGUAGUUGGGCCUGUUCCUUCUCGGGAAAUGCGGUGUGCGUAUGUGGCUGAGCUGCUCGGGCCCGGCUUAUCCGAGCUCGGUGGCUCUCCCGGCAUGCACGUCGCCGUCUUAUCUUGUUCCAGCCAAGGAAGGAAGGAAGGAAGAAGCUUUUCCGCUUCGUGCGGCCGCAGAUCGACGCCGCGCAUAUCACUCCUCCACGAAGGCCUCGCUUCACUUCACCCGUCGUCGUCCCACGCAAGCAAACAAUGGCCGCUCCUUUCCCCGCCGUCGCCGCCGUCAGCAGCAGCGCGCCCUCGCCGGGGCUCCUCCCCGCGCGGCGCGGCGUGCCGCUGCCGUCGACGAGGAGAGCCGUAGCGGCGCCGGGCGGCAGGAUGGCGGCGACGGUGGCGCGCGCGGUGGGCGACGUGGGCGCCGAGGGCAACACGUUCCUCAUCGCCGGCGCCGUCGCCGUCGCCCUCGUCGGCACCGCCUUCCCCAUCUUCUUCUCCCGCAAGGACACGUGCCCCGAGUGCGACGGCGCCGGGUUCGUGCGCAAGUCCGGCGCGACGCUGCGGGCCAACGCGGCGAGGAAGGACCAGGCGCAGAUCGUCUGCGCCAACUGCAACGGGCUCGGCAAGCUCGGCCAGAUCGACAAGUAGCCGCCUCAUCCAUCAACGUCCUCCUCCGAUCCUCCGGCCGCCGUCCCGUCGACCGAUCGCUCCUUCGUCUUCCUCCUCCUGCGGCCGCCGUCCCGUCGACCGAUCGCUCCUUCGUCUUCCUCCUCCUCCUCCUCCUCACCUGUUCUCGCAGCUGCGUGCGUGGGACGCAGGAAUCCUACAGGAACUGAACGAUCCAUACAGAGAAGAUGGAUCAAGGUCCGGUAGAAUUCCCGGGUUCCCAGCUGCAAAUCCUCCACCGUGAUUCUUCCUUCUUUAUUUCACCGCGUUGCACUUGGUAAAUGUGUGCCUUUGUGUAAUGUAAUGUAUAGAUGUAUAUGCUUUGUGUA